UUCCUACAAAAAUACAACUUUGGUCGGCCACCACCUGCAAUAUGGUUGGUGGGUUAUCUCUCUCACCAUGAAGCUUCCUAGACAUGGUGAUACAGUUUCCUGAUUAAUUUCCAAGUCUCCCUCCACAAUCAAUCAGUUACUGUUAAAGUCAACGCGCUCCAACUCCGAAAUUUCUAUCGUGCUUAAAUAGUAAGUAUUUCUAUGCUAAAACCCAGAUAGUUUGGAGAAGAAUCUUGCAUGAUCACCAACAACACGACAUGCUCGAGGUAGUAUUCAGUGAGUUGUAUGAGCUCCUCAAGGAGCUGAUCACCAAGAAUUUGAUGUUUAAGGCCCUCCUCAAACACAUCAAGUCCAGUUUAGACGAUUUGGAGCCAUUGUUGAAAGAUAUAGAAAAUUCCAACAAGAAAUUGGCUCUUCCGGCUGAGGAACUGGAAAAAUUAAAAGUACAUUUGGAGGAGGGUAUAGGGCUCUUUCAAAAGUGCAAAAAGAUUGGACGGUGGAACGUAUACAAAAGGUAUAAAUACUCCAAAAAGCUGAUUGGAUGGGAUGAAUCUCUUCAACGACCUUUGCAAAUACUAAACGUUCAGGGAAUAAGGGAUAUGAAGGCAGGCUUGGUUGUGAUGAAGAAUUUAGAGAAGGCAGUCGGCAUUGAACGACCCAACAGUGAAUCGAGUCUGGUGGUACCUAAACUUCCGCCGCUUGUGGUUGGAUUGGAUCUUCCUCUAAAGGAAUUGAAGGGGAAGCUUCUGAAGGACAAAAAUGUGUCAAUGGUUGUGCUGACUGCUCCCGGAGGAUGUGGGAAAACCACUUUGGCUACAAAGUUUUGCCAAGACAAGGAUGUCAAAGAUACAUUCAAGGAUAAUAUCUUCUUUGUCACGGUUUCAAAAAAGCCUAAUUUGGAAAAUAUUGUUCAAGAUCUAUAUCAACGAAAGGGUUUCCGGGUACCUACUUUCCAAAGCAAAGUUAGUACAAUGACGUUGCUGCAAAGUUUUCUGAAGGAGGAUUGGCAGAAUCCUUUUCUGAUUGUCCUGGAUGAUGUUUGGUCUGGAUCAGAAGAUCUUGUGCAGACGUGUGAUGAAUCCGUAACGGAAAAUUCCAAGUUUUUGGUGACAUCUAGGAGUGAAUUUCGGGGAUAUGGUUUCCCUCAUCGUUUGCAAUUAUUGGAUGAUGACAAUGCGAUGAAACUUUUUCAUCAUUCAGCAUCCCUUGGAGAUAAGAGCUCUCAUAUUCCAAAAGAUCUUCCAGAAAAGAAAAUAAUCCUGCAGAUACUUGAGCGUUGCAAGGGAUUUCCACUUGCUAUUGAAGUGGUGGGGAGAUCGCUUCGUGGGCAGCCUUUAGAGACAUGGAAAAAAAUAGUAUGUAAAUGGUCUAAAGGUUUUUCUCUUCUCGAUUCGGAGACUCAGUUGCUUUUGUGCCUUGAAAAGACCUUGGAAGAUGAAAUGGUUGCCAUCAAGGAAUGUUUCUUAGACUUAGGUUCAUUUCCAGAAGACCAAAGAAUCCCUGCUACUGCCCUCAUUGAUAUCUGGGCUGAGUUAUAUGAUGAAGAUUCAGAUGUAGAGUGCGUUGCAAACCUCUACGAGCUCACCAAACGAAGUCUAGCCAAUCUUGUUGUUACAAGGAAGGACAAGAUAGAGGGGGACGGGUACUAUAGUGAGCACUUUGUUACCCAACAUGAUGUUCUUAGGGAGCUGGCCAUCUACAACACAAAAAAAGAACCAGUAGAAGAUAGAAAAAGACUGAUUAUUGACAUAUGUGGAGACAAUCUUCCAAAAUGGUGGAGAGAACAGAAGCAUCAGCCGAUGAAGGCCCGCUUAUUAUCCAUAACAACUGAUGAAGGGUUUUCAACAAAAUGGCACAGCAUGCAAAUGCCAGACGUUGAGGUUUUAGUACUGAAUUUCCAGACAAAGAACUAUGCCUUACCCGAAUCCGUGGUGAACAUGGGUAAAUUGAAAACUGUAAUAGUCACAAAUUAUGGUUUCUUACCUGCUGAAUUGAGUAACUUGCAACUUUUGAGUUCGUUACCAUUUCUCAAGAGAAUCAGAUUGGAACGCAUCUCAAUUCCUUCCAUAACCAAGAAUUCCAUAAAAUUGGCGAGUCUGAAGAAGAUAUCCUUUUUCAUGUGUAAGAUUGGUCAAGCUUUCAACGACUGUUCCUUCUCAAUCUCGUCAACAUUCCCGAAUCUAGAGGAACUGAACAUCGACUAUUGCAGUGAUUUAAAGGAAUUGCCCGCCGAGGUUUGUGAUCUUAGUAAACUAGAGAAGCUCAGUGUCACUAACUGUCAUAAGCUAUCUGCCUUGCCUGAAGGGAUUGGAAAGUUGCAAAAUUUAGAACUGUUGAGGCUAAGAUCCAGCACAAAACUGUUGAAGCUUCCAACCUCGAUGAAGAACCUUGGAAAGGUAAAGUUUCUUGACAUAUCUGAUUGCUUCAGCAUCAAGGUGUUGCCCGAAGACAUUGGUGGAAUGAGUAGUUUAAGAGAGAUCAACAUGAGACAAUGCUCAAGGUUGCAAGAGCUGCCUCCAUCAGUCAUGGAUCUUGAGCGGUUGGAGAAAGUGGUAUGUGAUGAAGAGACAAAAUAUUUAUGGGAAUGUUUCUCGUCGGAUCUCAACAACGUAGAGAUAAUUGUGGCCAAAGAGAAUAUCAACCUAAAUUGGCUCCACAAGACUCGGUUCUGAUACAUGUGGUUCCUCAGUGAACGUUGCUCUUCAGCUCUGUGUGGUUAAUUUGUGUUUUUUAAUGGUACUUUUUAGGGCUAAUUUGGUAUUAUUGUGUUUUAAAAAAAAGAAAAUUGAUUGUGGUGGCUGUAAAAUAAAGUAUUGAAUGUUUGGUAAACUUUUGUUUGUAAAUUGUGCAUUUAACAAAAAAUAAUAAUAAUAAUUUCUGA